UUUGGUACAUUUUAGCAGUCAUAAAUUGUUGUACUCUUUAACUCAUUCUAAUGGGUAUCCAUUUGAACAGGUUCAUCAUUGUUACGAUUCUGCUUCGAGUUUCCGUAGUCUUGGUCUUGUUCACCAUUUUUUCAACCUCAGACGAUGUCCCUGCAAAUUUUGUAUUCGGAGAUUCCCUUGUUGAUGCUGGAAACAAUAACUAUCUUGUUUCCCUCUCAAAGGCUAAUUAUUUACCCAAUGGCAUUGAUUUUGGAAGACCAACGGGGAGGUUCACUAAUGGAAGAACCAUUGUCGACAUCGUUGGUGAGGAAUUAGGUAUCGGUUUCACCCCACCUUAUUUGGCACCCACCACAGUUGGGCCAGUGAUUCUGAAGGGUGUUAAUUAUGCCUCUGGUGGAGGUGGAAUUCUUAAUCUCACUGGAAAAGUCUUUGGUGGAAGACUCAACUUUGAUGCACAGAUAGAUAAUUUUGCAAAUACCAGACAAGACAUCAUAGGCAGCAUUGGCGUUCCAGCGGCUCUUAAUCUAUUCAAAAGGUCAUUGUUUUCCGUGACCAUUGGCUCAAACGAUUUCAUAAACAACUACUUAACACCAUCACUCACAUUUUCGGAUCAGAAGGCCGCGUCACCUGAAUUCUUUGUCACCACCAUGAUAUCAAAACUCAGACUUCAGCUCACUAGGUUAUUCAACCUAGGAGCUAGAAAAAUUGUUGUGGCAAAUGUAGGGCCUAUUGGGUGUAUACCAAGUCAGAGAGAUGCAAACCCAGGUGCAGGAGAUAGCUGUGUUGUUUUCCCUAAUCAGCUAGCACAGCUUUUCAACACACAGUUAAAGGGUCUUAUUGCAGAACUCAACUCAAAUCUGGAGGGUUCAAUGUUUGUUUAUGCAGAUGUCUACCGAAUUUUAGAAGACAUUCUCCUGAACUAUGUAGUACUUGGUUUUGAUAACCCGUCUUCCGCUUGCUGUCACGUGGCCGGGCGAUUCGGAGGUUUGAUCCCCUGUAGUCCCACAUCGAGAGUUUGCUGGGACCGAUCCAAAUAUGUGUUCUGGGACCCUUACCAUCCUUCUGAUGCUGUAAAUGUUAUCAUCGCUAAGCGACUCUUAGACGGUGGUUCCAACGAUAUUUUUCCGGUCAACAUUCGCGGACUCUUUCAAUCUUAACCUCUUUCUCACGGGAAAUAAUAUAUUGAUAGAUGUCCAUAACAAUUGAACCGGAUUGGAGUGGUUUUUUAGUUUGUCAUGCUAAAUCUAAUGUACGAAAGGCUUUAGUACAAACUUUAUGAAACACAUGUUUUAUAUAUAUAGUCAGCCAAAAAUUAGUAGUUAACGAGAAUCAUGAGUCUCAGGUUCAAUUUUCAUGACACAAAACAUCAUAGUAAGAAAGAAUCGGCAAUUUGGUUAAUUUGAUUUGGUACGAUGUCCAUGCUUCUAGGGAAUGGUAAUGUGCCUCAAACCUCAAGCUUAGAAAACAUAAUGGGAUUUGAUAAACUAUUAAACGCUAUGUCCCGAUACGAUGAAAGAUUUUACUGAUAUCUCAAGCCACCAUGCUCAAAAGUCAUC